AGCUCAAUUGUCAAAACAUAGAAUUUUUAUGAGCGUGUGUACUGUGGCAAAUUAUUUUGUAGAAUUGUACAAAAGAUUAUGUGUGAUUAAUUACUUAUAUUCAUAAGCAAAAAUGUGUGACAGCGACGAUCCUGGUGAACAUAGCCGUCCUGGCGGUGACCUGAUAGGUUUUUUGUUUGGUAACGUCGAUGAAAGCGGUCAACUCGAAGAUGAUGGACUGCUUGACGGCGAUUCCAAGCGCAUGUUAUCAUCUCUCAGCCGCUUGGGACUGGGCUCCAUACUGUCUGAAGUGUUGGAACAUGAGGAGCCCAACAAAGAGGAUGAGGAGAAAGAUUAUACAGAAAAAAGUCCUUCAGCAAUAGAUUUUUUUGACACAGAUGAUGUAGCUGAAGAUAUUAAACAAGAACAAGUUGAAAUUAAGGAUGAAAGCUUAGAAGAUACAAUUAAGACUGAGCAUUUUGAUAUGGAUAUUUCUGAAACAACAGUACAACAAAAAAGGAAUGACAAACUGUCUGGAAGUGGACGAGACUCUGUAAAAGAUGAAAUUGACAGCUGGAAGGAUGGUGAUGAUUUGUAUAAGGAAGAAGUUCAGACUACUAACGAUGAUGGGUAUGAGGGUGACAUGGAGGGUGACGGUGGUCUUAUGCCUCCACCAUCAACAGUACCAAGUCAUAAAUCUGAGAGGCCAAAAAAGUUAGAGACACCAUUAGCAGCCAUGCUGCCUUCUAAGUAUGCUAAUGUGGAUGUCACAGAGUUGUUUCCGGAUUUUAGACCUGAUAAGGUCCUACUGUUUUCUCGUCUUUUUGGACCGGGUAAGUUGUCCAGCUUACCUCAAAUAUGGCGUGGCGUGAAGAAGCGAAGGAGACGCAAACGCAGUGGCAGUACUGGCAGCGACACACCGUCGCAGCAACCUGAGAACCAGGAACCGCAGUAUGCUAGUGACGACGAGGACAAACUUCUGAAACCAAUGGAAGAGACUCAGCAAUCAAAUUCCGAAGACAAGAAUUCAGGUUCAGGAGACAAAUCACAAAGACCAACUCCUGCACAUUGGCGUUUUGGACCUGCACAAGUUUGGUAUGACAUGCUUAAUGUGCCUGAAACUGGAGAGGGAUUUGAUUAUGGUUUUAAAUUGAAGCCGCCUUCACCUGAACGAGAGGAAAAGCCAAAGGACGAGACCGAAUCAGAUGUUAAGAGUGAAGAGAAAGGAGAUGAGUCCGAGUCAGGUUUCCCCGAUGACUCUUUCCUGAUGGUGUCACAGUUGCAAUGGGAGGAUGACGUCAUAUGGGAUGGAAGUGAAAUUAAGCACAAGGUACUGGCUCGUUUGAACAGCAAAAGUAACGCAGCAGGAUGGGUGCCCACUUCGGUGAGUCGCACCGCGCAACAGUUCUCUCAUCCGCGACCGCAACCGCCGGCACCGUUGCAGCCGAAACCUCCGGCAUCAGCGUCGUCAUCGAAUCAACCCGGUUCCGCACAACCUGACGGUGAAGACAACACAUGGUACAGUAUAUUUCCGGUGGAAAACGAGGAGUUGGUGUACGGAACUUGGGAGGACGAGGUCAUCUGGGACGCGGAGUGCAUGAGCAAGAUACCGAAACCGAAGAUAUUGACCUUAGACCCUAAUGAUGAGAACAUUAUACUCGGCAUACCUGAUGAUGUCGAUCCGUCCAAGAUUACUAGAGAGAGAGGACCACAACCCAAGGUUAAGAUUCCGCAUCCGCACGUGAAGAAAUCCAAGAUAUUGCUUGGCAAGGCUGGUGUGAUUAACGUUAUGCAAGAGGACGCGCCUCCGCCACCACCGAAAUCUCCCGACAGAGAUCCGUUUAAUAUCUCUAAUGACGUUUACUACCAGCCGAAGUCGCAGAACCCUCGGCUGAAGGUGAGCGGCGGCCAGCUGAUCCAGCACAGCACGCCGGUGGUGGAGCUGCGCGCGCCGUUCAUCCAGACGCACAUGGGCCCGGCGCGCCUGCGCGCCUUCCACCGCCCGCCGCUGCGCGAGCUGCGCCACGCGCCCAUCUCCGCUCCCGGCCCGCACCCCGUGCAGCCGCUGCUCAAACACAUCAAGAAGAAGGCCAAGCAACGUGAAGCGGAACGUCUCGCAUCUGGCGGUGGUGACGUGUUCUUCAUGCGAACCCCUGAGGAUCUGAGCGGAAGAGAUGGAGAGCUGAUCUUGGUCGAAUUCUGCGAAGAACAUCCUCCCCUAAUCAGCCAAGUGGGCAUGUGUACCAAAAUCAAGAACUACUACAAACGAACUGCCACUAAGGAUAACGGUCCCAAGCCAUUGAAAUACGGCGAGGUAGCGUACGCGCAUACGUCGCCUUUCCUUGGGAUCUUACCGCCCGGCGCGACUCAGCCGGUCGUCGAGAACAACAUGUACCGAGCACCCAUAUACGAGCAUACAAUGGCGCCGACCGACUUCCUUGUCAUCAGGACCAGACAAGCUUACUACAUACGCGAGGUGGAUGCAGUGUUCGUUGCUGGUCAAGAAUGUCCGCUGUAUGAAGUGCCUGGUCCUAAUUCGAAGCGAGCGAACAACUUCGUGCGAGACUUUUUACAAGUCUUCAUAUAUCGAUUGUUCUGGAAAUCUCACGACAAACCGAGGCGUAUAAAAAUGGAUGUCAUUAAGCGAGCGUUCCCCUCGCAUUCUGAAAGUUCUAUUAGAAAACGUCUCAAGCUGUGCGCUGAUUUCAAACGUACUGGAUUAGAUUCUAAUUGGUGGGUAAUAAAGCCAGACUUCCGUCUGCCUUCCGAAGAAGAAAUCCGCGCGAUGGUCUCCCCCGAGCAGUGCUGCGCGUACUUUAGUAUGGCGGCGGCGGAACAGAGGCUCAAGGAUGCGGGGUACGGAGAAAAGUUCAUAUUCACACCGCAAGAGGAUGAUGAUGAAGAGAUGCAGUUAAAAAUGGAUGACGAGGUGAAAGUAGCCCCAUGGAACACGACGCGCGCCUACAUCCAAGCCAUGCGAGGGAAGUGCCUCCUUCAACUAACAGGCCCGGCCGACCCCACCGGUUGCGGCGAAGGAUUCUCAUACGUGCGGGUGCCGAACAAACCAACCCUCCAACCGAACGAAGAGCAGCAACCGAAACGAACGGUCACAGGUACCGAUGCUGACUUGAGAAGGCUGAGUUUGAAUAACGCCAAGGCCCUGUUAAGGAAGUUCGGUGUACCUGAAGAGGAGAUUAAAAAACUAUCUCGAUGGGAAGUCAUUGACGUCGUCAGAACAUUAUCGACGGAGAAAGCUAAAGCGGGUGAAGAAGGCAUGACCAAGUUCUCUAGAGGAAAUCGAUUCUCAAUCGCUGAACAUCAAGAAAGGUACAAAGAAGAAUGUCAACGUAUAUUUGAGUUGCAAAAUCGCGUGUUGCAAAGUACAGAAGUGCUGAGUACGGACGAAGCCGAGAGCUCCGUCAGCGAAGAGUCCGAUUUGGAAGAGAUGGGUAAAAACCUCGAAAACAUGUUGGCUAACAAGAAGACCACUGAGCAGUUAUCACUGGAAAGGGAAGAGGCGGAACGAGCUGAGUUGCGCAAAAUGAUAAUGGGACAAUCUGAGAAGAAACCUCAAAUUAACCAAGCUGAUCAACAACAAUCUUCUAAUCAAGGCCGCGUGCUGCGCAUCGUGCGCACGUUCCGCAACGCGUCGGGGCAGCGCUACACGCGCGUGGAGCUCGUGCGCAAGGCCGCCGUCAUAGAGGCCUACGUCAAGAUCAGGUCCACCAAGGACGAAAUGUUCAUACGGCAGUUCGCCUCCAUGGACGAGACGCAGAAGGAAGAGAUGAAGAGAGAAAAGAGAAGGAUUCAGGAGCAAUUGAGACGUAUCAAGAGGAAUCAAGAAAGAGAACGGCUGGCUGGUAACGUCCCUGUUCCUGGAGCAAGCAAUAAUGAUAGUAUGAAUCUAUCGUCGUCAAUUGACUUAGGCUCGCCGUCGCCCGGCCUCAUACCGCUCGGUCAAAUCAAACAGGAGCCCGACGUGUACACGCCCAACAGCUCGUCGUCGUCGUCGCGUCGGCGCGCCAAGUUGAAGCCGGAUCUGAAACUGAAGUGCGGCGCGUGCGGGCAGGUGGGGCACAUGCGCACCAACAAGGCGUGUCCGCUGUACACCGGCGCGGGCGCCGCCUCGCCGCCCGGCGCCGACGAGCCCGCGCCCGACCCCGACGACGACGACCUCGGGUACGUCGACGGCACCAAGCUCACGCUGCCCUCCAAGGUUAUCAAGCAAACGGCAGAGGAGCUGCGCAAGCGCGGGUCGCGGCGCGGCGAGCGCGGCGGGCGCGCGCGGCGCCGCUCGGCCUGCGAGUACCUCGUGCGCCGCCCCGCCGAGCGCCGCCGCACCGACCCGCUCGUCACGCUCUCGUCGCUGCUCGAGGACGUGCUCAACCACAUGCGCCAUCUGCCCGACGUGCAGCCCUUCCUCUUCCCCGUCAACUCCAAGCUGGUGGCUGAUUACCACCGCAUCGUAACGCGUCCGAUGGACCUGCAAACCAUCCGGGACAACCUCCGGCAGAAACACUAUCAGAGCAGGGAGGAGUUUCUUGCCGACGUCAACCAGAUUGUCGAAAACAGCACCCUGUAUAACGGACCGACAAGCAGUCUUACUGUAGCUGCACAGAGAAUGUUGCAGCGUUGUGUUGAAAAGUUAGCGGAGAAAGAAGAACAACUAAUGAAACUGGAGAAACAAAUCAACCCGUUACUAGACGACAAUGAUCAGGUGGCGCUAUCGUUCAUAUUGGAGAAUCUGUUGACGACAAAGUUGAAGGUGAUGUCGGAAGCGUGGCCUUUCCUGAAGCCCGUCAACAAGAAACAAGUGAAAGAUUACUACAACGUUAUCAAGAAACCUAUUGAUAUGGAAACGAUGGGCAAGAAAAUACAAGCGCACAAGUAUCACAGUCGCGAUGAGUUCUUACGAGACGUACAACUGUUGGUGAACAAUUGCCGCGCGUACAACGGACCCAACUCGCAAUUCACGAGACAGGCUGAAGCGAUAUUGAAGGUCACACAAGAAGCACUUGAGCAGUUCGACGAGCACGUGAGCCAGCUGGAGGCGAACAUAUCGCGCGUGCAGCAGAAGAUGUUGGAGGACGCCGAGCAGUCGCCGGAGGAGAGCGAGGAGGCGCCGCCCGACGAGAAACGCGGGAGGGGGCGCCCGCGCAAGCACAAGCCGCAGACCUCCGCCUCCACUGCGGAUGGUGCCACGCCAAGGAAACGAGGAAGGCCAAGGAAAGAUCAAAACAGUCUGGAAGAAGAUUUGCAGUAUUCUGACAGCGGCAGUUCUGAAUUGGAAGAGGUUGAGCAGAAAGACGCCGCCAUUGCUAUGGUGCAACUGUCUGUACAGCCUGAUGACCAACCAGCUGCCGGUUCGUCGGGGCUGGGUUUCGACACGUCGGAGUUCCUGAUCAAGCGCGAGGCUCCCGAGGAGGUCGCGCCCUGCGACGACUACGUGGACCUCGACCGCGGUCACACAGACUUCUCAUUCCCUCCUGUUGUUAAGGAGGAGCCUAUGGAACACGACAUGGGCAUGGAUCAACAAAUGAUGGAGACGGGACAUUUGGAACCACCGCCACAGUUCAAAGAGGAACCACCGGAGAAUUGGCAGCCGGACCCAGCGAUUCAAGACGAUCUGCAAGUCACGGACAGUGAGGAGGAGCCCGAAGACGGAUUGUGGUUUUAGAUUAAUUAUAUACAUAGCUAUAGAUAUAGGUGAUGUUAUAUUUGUUACAGAAAUAUCAUUUUCAUGAACUGUAUAUAAAUGGCCGUUUUUAUAAUCAAAUAU